CGCCGGCAUCGGCUCACGGAUACCAACGCCAGCGCUCGUGGCAUCUUCGGCAUUCUUCUGCCCUGACUUGGAUUCUUUGUAACCGGGGCAUACUUGCUGCCAACAUCGGAAAUUUGGACCUGCUCCAGUGUUGUGGCUUAGGACUUGUAUAAAUCUUGCCACUCUUGCUUCAACAACGACUGGAGCGGUAUUUCCAAGUUAUCCGCCAUCUGCCACCAUGUCUCUCAGCGAUGAAGAGCUCUUUGCCCAUGUUAGUGAGCUACAUGACAAAGUUGUUCUCAUUACAGGAGCGGCAAGUGGAAUAGGCAAGUCUGUUUCCCUGGAAGCGGCACGAAAUGGUGCGAAGCUCGUCAUUGGGGAUAUCGACGAAACGGCGUUAAUCGCGACAUGUAACGAGAUCAAGGCGCUGGGCGGGAGUGUAAUCGGUCAGCGGUGUGACGUGGCAUCUUGGGAGGAUCAGGUCUCCCUCUUCCAGCUUGCAAUAGCAACCUUCGGCAAAAUCCAUAUCGUGAUCCCAAAUGCUGGUAUUAGCGAGCGUACACGGUUCAACAACCUUGACACUGAAGACUUGGGUUGUGGUCCGCAGCCCACGAAGCCAGACCUGAAGCCGGUGCAAAUUAACCUGAUUUCUGUGUUGUACAGUGCAAGACUGGCUGUUUUCUACCUCCGUUCAAAUCCAGACCCUGGCAAGACCAUGGUCUUCAUCGGCUCAAUAGCAUCUUUGAUGAGUCUGCCACCGGGUUGUCUCUACGUCACUUCGAAACAUGGCGUGCUCGGGCUUGCAAAAACUCUUUCUCAAGAGGCUCCCUUGUUCGGGAUCCGUGUGACCACAGUCUGCCCUUGGUUUGCGGAUACUGCCAUUGUUUAUCCCGCUGCUCGCAAAUUGCUCGGUGGUCUCCCCAUGACGCAAAUUCGCCAUAUUGUCGGAUCCAUAAUACACGGUGCGACUGAUCCAGAUCCGGCCACUCAUGGCGCAGUAUACACCAUACCAGACAACAUUGGGGCAUUCAGGAUUGAGGGUGAUGAUCUGGACCUCCUCAGCACCGGAAUGUACAAGACCUUGAAGGAACGGAUUCUCCGUGUGAUCUAAGUGGACUCUGUAGCUGUCACCGAUACCGCAAACAAGGGAUUUGCUAUACCCAG